AUGAUGGAUCUCAACAGCACACUUCUUCCCCGAAGCCAAAGUCUUCGUCAAAGUUCUCGCUUUCUUUCUUCAUCAACCGAUGAUGGACCACAUGAACGUUGUUCCGUGAGCACAGUUCUGACGACGGCGAAUGGUAUUAUGACCAACGCCAUCAACGAACAGCCGAUCAUGAUGAUUCAACCAUCACAACCAUCACAGAUCUUACCAUCAUCGGUCAUGAUGGGUGUUGCCACAAAAUCUCAUUCCUUUCAUACAGGAUCGGAUGUGAUGAGCGAAUCUUGUUCAUCGUCCUUGUCUUCAUCAUCUUCGAGUAGUUGUUCGGAUUGGUUUUUUCCGUUAUCUCAGACAUCUGUAAUUUCAAAUCAAUUAUUGUUUUCAUCCACAUUGCCACAAUCACAACAACAUGUAAAUAUUUCAAACAACACAAGUAUUCAUCUGAAUCCAUCCUUGGUGGAUGAUCAUGCCAUUAUUUCAAAUAUUGUAGAAUCUUUUCAUUAUUGUAUUAUUAUAGAAUUUGAAUUUUCGUAUCCGAAACUCGCUCGUCAGCAACUGAAAAGAAGCGUUGAUCGGAGUGCAGCUGGAAAUGGAUUUUCAUCAUCGUCAUGGCUUUUUGGUGACAAUUCCAUCAUGUCAUUCGAUGAGGUACCUUCAUCAUCAUUUCCGAGUGGUGUCAAAUCUGUGGUUUAUCAUAUUGUCAAGUGUGACAACGCGCCUACAGCAUUGACAACAACCAGUCAUCGGAAAGACGUGAUGAUGGAUGCGAGUGACAACAAGUGGCUGAAUAUUGGAAAAUCAAAAACUAGUAAUCAUUUCAAUCAUGAUCACAAUGAUCACAACAAUCACUCCAUUCAGUCUCCUCACACAAGCCAAAAGGGAAUAAUCAUUAAUUUGGAGGAAUAUGAUCCAUCGAGUACUGAAAUUUUACAGUGUGGUCAUUAUACGCCAUAUCCUGUACAUUUUGUUUCUAAUUUUUGUGAAUUACUCCAAUUGUUGGACGAGAGUAUUGAACACGAGACACUUUCAACGACAGUAACAUCCACAUCUCAAGAAGAAUUAUUAUCCUCUUCAUCAGCACCCAAGAGAAGAGACAUUCUUAUACCCAGCAAAUUACAUUCUUGUUUCCUCUCUCCAGUAGUAGUUCAUUCGACAUUGGAUCAUCAUUCUCAACAACUGCAGUAUCAUUCCGUGGUGCAAUCUAAUAUUCCUCAAGUCAUUCAGGAGCUUGCACAACGACAUUGCAUUCAUAUUGAUAGUCUCUUUGAACGACCUUUCUUUUCAUUCAUUGAGAAUUCGUAUCCCACAUCGUCGGCAACAACAACAUCAACAGAUACGACAACAUCAACUUCCACUACUACUACUACUCCAACAGGCAACAAAUACCUGAAAACUACUAGUAGCAGCUUCAAAACAAACACGAACAUUCCCUCAUUCUUUCAAAGCAAUUUCACAAUGAUUAAGAAUUGCGAAAAAAUGGCUCAAACCAUCCUCAAGCAAGUGCAUCCAAAUAGUAAUGCUGCCACAACAACUUGUUCUUCAUCCGAACAAGAAGACUUUGAAGGUACUACCACAACUACCUCAUCAUUCGUUUCAACAAACCAUUCCACUCCUAGUAGUAGUAGCCAUGAAAGCCAUGAACAGAUGGAUACCAAGUCGAUGGUCCAAACCUCCUCUUCGACGGCCGAAGGUGGUGCACCUCUUACCCCGACAAGUGCUACCAACCAACAUAAUGACCGACCAAGCUUCAUUUCAUCAAAACCUCUCUCCAUUCAUUCUCCUUCGUUUGAGCCUCCUCCUCAUGUGUUGCAGCAAACCAUCCGACAAGAGAGAGCCCUCCUGCAACAAGUCGACUCUCCCCUUACUGAUGAAUUUAAGACAAGUGUUGCAAGGCUUAGAGGAUUGCCUUGGACCAGCACCAUCCGUGAUAUUGCUGAAUUCUUCUCCGAAUUUAAGCUAGCCAAGAGAGACCCUUCACUCACUAAUUUGGAGGAACAGAUACCUGUAGAGUGUUCUUCGCCCGUGCAAAGUUCUGCUCCCACGUAUGAAGCUCAUCCACAACAACAACAGCAACAGAAUACUGAAACGCAGCCAACCAUGAUGAGCAGCAUGAAACGUCCAAGUCAUAGAAUGACACAACAGAAAAGUAACUUUGGUAGCUACCUCAAUAAUGGUUCAUCCACUCAUAACAACAGCAGAGCAGUAUCAAGCUUGCCCACGACAACUCCGAAACAAACUUCUCCUUCGGCAAUUGUUCCUUCACAGCCAACCUAUGCUGACAUUUUGAAGGGAGUUUCAGUGCCAUCCUCUACAACUAGUAAUAGUACCAACAAUGGUAGUAGUGCAAAUUCCUCUUCUGGUGUUCAUACCUCGUCAUCACCCUCAUCGUCCUCAUUCCAACCAGCAUCAUUUGCCAAUCACUCUUCUUACUCACCAACCACCUCGACCACUCCUCAACAAGUUUCUUCUCAUUAUGUCAAUAAUCAUGAAAUUCACUCACAUAUGAACGAAUUGACCUCAAUGGGCUCAUCAUCGCCAUCAUCACCUCAACCAACAGCAGGUCAAUCUCCAGCAAGACAAUACACGUUACCAAUUGAACUUGUUAAGGAAUUGGACAUUCUUCUAAUGCUUAAUUAUUAUGGCAAAUCUACAGGCGAAGCCUAUGUUCGUUUCGAGUCCGAUGAAGAGCUUGAGAGAGCAAGAAAGACCAUGGACAAGAAGAAUCUCGGCAAUCGAUACAUUGAGAUUUUCAAGAGUACUGUGGACGAGAUGGAACACUCGAGAAAAGUUCUCGAACGCAACUUGAAGAAUUUAAACAAUUCGAAAAUUCUCAAGAUGCGAAAUGUUCCCUUCUCUGCAACCGAAGAGGAAAUUGAAACAUUCUUUUCUGGCCUUACCAUUGCAACAGCUCCACUGUAUAGACAGAAUCAUCAUCAUUAUGUAGGAAUGAAUAGUAGUAGUAGCAGUAGUCCCAAUAGUAAUAGCAGUAGUAGCAGAGGCAGUACCAGUGAGGAAACGAACAUGGUUGGAGACGAUGGGAGCCAUAGUAGUCAGAGUAGUGGUGCCGAUGAAAGUAAGACUGAGUCACCACAAGAACAUCAUGACAAUCAAGAGACUCUCUCGCAGCAAACCUCAAUGCCAACUCGUAGAAAAAUCUUUUUUGUCAUUAACCCCAUGACUGGAAAGCGAACUGGAGAAGUAUUUGUUGAAUUUAUGUCUCAUGAACAAAUGGUUCAAGCCUCCAAGAGAAAUAAGGAAAAAAUUAGAAAUCGCUACAUUGAAUUGUUCCACAGCAGUAUUUCCGAAUUAAGAGCUUCCCAAUACUAUAUUCAACAACAUCAACAGUACUAUCAAACAAAACCACAACACCACCAAUAUUUGACCAAUUAUAAUUACUAUCAAAGACCAGCCAUGAGAAAUAAUUAUUAUCAAACAAACAGAAAUAGUACCAUGAAUGGAGGUCAUGCUAUCGCUUCAUCCAACAACGAAUUGAAACCAACGACCUCAGUUGAAUCAUCAUCAUCAUUCAUUGUCAAGAUUGAAGGUCUGCCAACAGAUUUCGAGGAAGAUCAAAUUGCAGACUGGUUGAACGGCCUAAACAUUGCUGAUGCUGGAAUUCAUCUCAUAUUUGGUGAGGAUGAGCACUCGACAGGUGAGGCCUUUAUUGAAUUUGAUGAUGAAGAAAGCUUGACACGAGCACUUGAGAGGGAUCAAACCACUAUCACCUCUACUGAAGAGAACCAUGAAACAGGAGAACCACUGAAUGAAAUGACCUACACUGUGAGAGUUCUCAAGAGUGAUCGAGCUGAAAUGCUUGCUGUUUGUGGCAUUGAAGAAGAAACAAAUCAAGAAGACGGAGACAUGCAAGAAGAAGAAGGAGCUAUUCCUGUCCAAGAGACCCAAUCCAACGACAAUACUUUGGAAGCAAGCUCUGGCGAUGCAAGCCAACAAGAACAACCACACGAGCAGCAUCAGACAACACGACGAUUCAACAACCCAUACUAUCGCAAGAAUCCAUACAAUCGUAGAGGCAACUAUGGCUCAUAUAAUCCUGCAUACACCGGUGUAGGAGGUUAUUAUCAUCCAAUGAUGUUCAUGAUGCAACAAGCUCAAUACUCUUACAACAAUGGUAACAAUUAUCAUGUCUAUGGGUUGGACCAAUUCAUGAACUCGAGUAAUGGCAUGGCUAGCAGCUCUUCACAACAACCAUUCAAAUACAAACUCUUCGAGCAUCCUGAGAGAACUCUCAAAAUGAGAGGUCUUCCUUUCACAGCAACUGAAAAAGACAUUAUGGAGUUUUUCAAUGGUUAUGAUUUUGAAGACGAUAGUAUUCGAUUCAAGAUGGACUUUAAGAGAAAUCGUCAAACUGGAAUUUGCUACAUUAGAUUUAGAACAAAGAGCGAAGCAGAAAGAGCUGCCAACGAAAGAAACAGAUGCAACAUUGGUGAUCGUUAUAUUGAGCUUUUCACCAUUGUUCCAAAGACGUAA